AUGGCGGCCCUGCGGCUCCUGGCGUCGGUGCUCGGGCGCCGGGUCCCCGCCGGCCGCUCGGGGCGCGCGCUGGCGAAGGGUGGCGCGUGCGGCUUCGCCUGCAGCGCCCGCGCGCGCGCCAGGUUCUACACGGACCCGGUGAAGGCCGUGGGAGACAUCACUGAUGGCUCGAGGAUCAUGAUCGGGGGCUUCGGGCUCUGCGGCAUCCCGGAGAACCUGAUAGGGGCGCUGCUGAAGACCCGCGUGAAGGACUUGACAGUGGUCAGCAGCAACGUGGGGGUGGAGAGCUUCGGUCUCGGCCUUUUACUGGGGACCAAGCAGAUCACCCGCAUCGUCUGCUCCUACCUGGGGGAGAACUCGCUCUGUGAGCACCAGUACCUGGCGGGUGAGCUGGAGCUGGAGAUCACGCCCCAGGGCACCCUGGCCAAGCGCAUCCGCGCAGGGGGCGCCGGUGUGCCCGCCUUCUACACCCCCACGGCCUACGGGACCUUGGUCCAGGAGGGAGGCGCACCCAUCAGGUACUUACCAGACGGCCACAUCGCCAUCCUCAGCCAGCCCAGGGAGGUGAGGGAGUUCCAUGGGCAGCACUACCUGCUGGAACACGCCAUCACCGCUGAUUUUGCUUUGGUGAAAGGGUGGAAGGCGGACCUGGCAGGAAAUGUCAUCUUCAGGGCCAGUGCCAGGAACUUCAAUGUGCCCAUGUGCAAAGCCGCCAGAACCUCCGUGGUGGAGGUUGAAGAAAUUGUGGACGUGGGGUCCUUUGCCCCAGAAGACAUCCAUGUUCCUAGCAUUUAUGUAGAUCGCAUAAUACAGGGGGAAAAAUAUGAGAAAAAAAUUGAGCGUUUAACCAUCCAGAAAGAGGAUGAUGAAAUUUGCACGUCUUCAGAUAACAUAAGGACACGGAUCAUCAAGCGGGCAGCUCUUGAAUUUGAGGACGGCAUGUAUGCCAAUCUGGGCAUCGGCAUCCCUCUCCUGGCCCCCAACUACAUCAGCCCCAACAUCACCGUGCACCUUCACAGUGAGAACGGGAUCUUGGGCUUGGGUCCCUUUCCAUUAAAAGAGGAGGUGGACUCGGACCUCAUCAACGCGGGCAAACAGACAGUCACCCUUCUUCCCGGGGGCUCUUUUUUCUCCAGUGAUGAAUCAUUUGCCAUGAUUCGAGGAGGACACAUCAACCUGACCUUGCUGUGAGCCAUGCAGGUUUCCAAAUACGGUGACCUGGCUAACUGGAUGAUACCCGGCAAGAAGGUGAAAGGCAUGGGGGGUGCGAUGGAUCUGGUGUCCAGUUCCAAGACGCGAGUGGUAGUCACCAUGGAGCACUGCAACAAGGCCAACGAACCCAAGAUCGUGGAGAAGUGCACCAUGCCACUGACUGGGAAGCGGUGCGUGGACCGAAUCAUCACCGAGAAGGCCGUGUUUGACGUGCAUAAGAAGACAGGGCUGACCCUGAUUGCGCUCUGGGACGGCCUAACAGUGGAGGACAUCAAAAAGAGCACGGGGAGCCCCUUUGCCGUCUCCCCGAGCCUCAGACCCAUGCAGCAGGUCAAAAUGUAGCCCGAGAGUGAACCUCGGUCCCCGAGCGUGUGCUUCUGCCGUCACCUCCCAGGACUGCAUUCCAAGGAGGCCACAGUCACAUUUGUGCAUUUCACCAGCAUCUGGCAGGCUUUGUCCUGCCAUCCCAGGCUGGCUGCCCCUGGAUAGCCUAGGUUCUCUCAGGAGAGACGUGCCUUUGAUUAAAAAUUAAAGGAAAACAGAGACACUGCCUUGUAUGUCCUGUGAGUUCUGAGAAAGCUGUUUCCCUCACCCUCCUCACUGUCUGCGAUAUUGUUACUGAAAAUGCAAGUCCUUGUG